AUGAAGAGGAUCACGUCUGAACCAGAACGAGCCACGGGGGGAGCCUACCACUGUCACCCCGAGCACGCGUACGGAGGCGAGAGCGACAAGAGCGAGGACAGCCCCAGCCCCAAGCGCCAGCGGCUGUCCAGCCAGUCGGUGCUGGAGCAGCUGACCUCGGCGGCCCCGCCUCCGCCCACGCCCUCCCCCCCCAUCCGGCCCUGGGAGCUGGGGCACCCCAGCCGCCGGCCCCCCCACCCUCACCCCCACCCACACCCCCACCCUCACCCCCACCCCCACCCUGCCUUCCACCAGGAGAGGUGUCUGACGCCCGGCCGCCAGAGACGCAGCCCCCCAGCGAGGCGUCAGCGGGGCCGCCCGGCCAGACCCUCCCGCCACCCCCCCCCCCAGCUCCACCACCAGCCCCAGCAGCAGCAGCAGCAGCAGCAGACCCCCCACCAGCAGAACCAGCAGCAGCACCAGCACCCCUCCCCCCUCGGCCCCGGGGCCCGCCUCUCCCCCACCGACCCCCAGAACGAGAACUACCACCACCCCCCCCCGCCCCCUCCGCCGCCCCCGCCCGCGGCCCCCCACCCCGCCGCCGCCACCGCGCACCACGCCUUCCCCGCCCACGCACACGCCUCCUACGGCCAGCCCGCCUCCGUGGGGACCGGGGGGGCGCCGCCCCCCCCCGCCGAGGAGCCCAGGGCCUUCCACCCCCCCACCCUGUCCUCACGCCUGCUGCACCACCACCACGCCCACCACCACCACCCGGCGCACCCCCACCCCCACCCCCACCACCACCACCACCACCAGCAUCCCCACCCCCACCAGCACCACGCCCACCCCCACCCCCACCACGCCACGCAGCAGGGGGCGAUGGUCCUGGACCUGCACGAGCAGCUGCAGCAGCAGGGUAGCGUGCCCGUGUCCUACACCAUGACCCCCGUGCCCCCCCACGGCCUGGCCGGCCCAAUGUGCAGCGGCCAGCACCUCCCCCCCGCCUGCUCCUCCCAGCAGCAGGUUCCCAGCUGCAGCGUGGUCUUCAGCACGGGCCAGCACUACCACCCGAUGCUGCAGGCCUGCUCGGUGCAGCACCUCCCCGUGCCCUACGCCUUCCCCUCCCUGCUGUCCAGCGACCCCCAGUUCCUGCUCCCCCCCCCACCCCACCUCUCCCCCCACCCUCCCCACCUGCCCCCUCCCGGCCCCUUCCUGCCCUUCCAGGCCCAGCAGCCCCGCUCGCCCCUGCAGAGGAUCGAGAACGACGUGGAGCUGCUAGGCGACCAACUGUCAGUGGGCGGGGGCUACAGCUACCCCCACCACCCCCACCACCACCCCCACCACCACCACCACCAGCACCAGCAGCAACAGCCCCCCUCCUCCCCCCUGCAAUUCCUCUCCCACCACGACCCAAUGUCGCAGGAGCUGUUCACCGUGCCCUACCCCCACUUCAUGCCUCGGCGAAUCACAGGCCGGCGCUAUCGCUCGCAGCACACGGUGCCCCCGUCACCCUAUCACCCCAGCUUCCUGCCCUACGUCCUCUCCAUGCUCCCCGUAGCCCCCGCCGUGGGCCCCACCGUGGGCCCCACCAUCAGCCUGGAGCUGGACGUGGACGAGGGAGAGGUGGAGAACUACGAGGCGCUACUGAACCUGGCCGAGCGACUGGGCGAGGCCAAGCCCCGCGGUCUGACCAAGGCCGACAUCGACCAGCUGCCCUCGUACCGCUUCAACCCCAGCAACCACCAGUCAGAGCAGACCAUGUGCGUGGUCUGCAUGUGUGACUUCGAGACGCGCCAGCUGCUGCGAGUACUGCCCUGCAACCACGAGUUCCACGCAAAGUGUGUGGACAAGUGGCUCAAGGCUAACCGGACGUGUCCUAUAUGCCGAGCAGAUGCCUCAGAGGUCCAGAGAGAUUCUGAGUGACCUCCUCCUCAUCCCUCCCUCUCUCCUCCCCCCCUCCCCUUGGGGGGGGGGGGGGGGGGGCGUUCUGCACACCCAGCUGCCACAAACCUGCAAACCUGUGAACUUCUUUUUCUUCCCCUCUUUUCGCGUGUCCCACGCUCCACCACCGAGGGUGGGUUAUGGGACCAGUAUAGACCAGUACCGUCGUGAUCCGCGACCAGUCCAGCCUCCAGGAUAUUGGGACCGUGGUCCUGCCGACCCGGGAAUACCGGAAACAAACAAACAAGCAUUUAGUUGUAAGAGGAAAGCCUUCUGCGCCAAGUGUCUGACUCAAGGACUACUGAACCCCCCUCAGCUCUCUGCCUUUAACUCAUGGUGACUCUUAACUAGCAAUGGCCUUUUGACACACACACACACACACACACACACACACACACACACACACACACACACACACACACACACACACACACACACACACACACACACA